CUUGUAUAGCUGGCCAGACAGUUUACAAUAUGAAUCAAACUCAACAGAGUCCUCCUGCCCCCAGUUUCUGCGUUCCCUUGACUGGGGUUUCGCUGAAUAGUAUGUAUUUCUAAGUCAAUGUUGACCUUUCAUCAUAGGCCUGUGUAUAAACUGCUGUUAAUAUGUAACGUUGAAUAGAUUCCCUCUCAUAAAUUAGAAAAUCGUUUUUUAGCAGACAAGUAGCCUUAAAUCAUUUUGCUGACAAGUAAGCAUGUCAGCAAAGUAGCUGUGAAGUUGCUCUAAAAAAUAAAAAAUACCAAGGAGACCUCGACAUGAUGGGGAUGAUGACAUUCAAGUCUAAAGAAACUUUCCUUCUCUUUGGGUUAUUUCUCACUUGCGUAUCCAAUGCCGUUGGCCAGACAUGCAGAAGCAAGUGUGGGCUCACUUGGGAGGAAUGCUCUUGCAGCACAACAUGCGUGUCGUUGCAGAACUGCUGUGCAGACUACGACCAAUUCUGUCUGCAGCCGUUUCCAUAUUCGGCCUCCAUGUUGGGUGGAAGUAUUUUCACAUUAUCCAAUAUCACCUUCCCACCCACUGAGCGCAUCCUCUGCAGGUAUAAGGGUGGGAUUGUCAUCGAGGGGUUUGUUAAUGCAGAGGGACAUGCCCAUUGUAUCACACCUUUGCUGUUUGAGACGGGCUGGGUGCCGUUUGACGUAUCAACCGAUGGAGUCAAUUUUGACCGAUCCGGCGAGUAUCUUUCGGUCCACCCUGGCCUACUGGAUCCAGCUCUGACGGCCAUUCUGGCAAACGUCACACGGUGGCAGUAUUACGGCACACCAAACACAGUACUCGGAGAACUGCAGAUGACAUGGAACAGCGCGCUGAUCAUCUCAGCAGAGAGGGUCAACAUUGAGCUAUGGGGUUACAGGGAGGUGAACAGCACACCUGGGACAGGAAGGGGGAACACAAACCCCUUAAAGGCUGAAUGGACUUACCUCUACUCACUUGGCAAGAACCUGUCCAACUCCGGGGUCUUCAGCUUCCUCCCCAAGCCCACGCAGAAGCCGCUCUCCGACUGGGAGCUGGGCAGUAUUCACGUACGGUCGGCCUCCCACGCGGAUGGAGCAAGGAACGUACAGGGGCUGUGGAGUGAGGAGCACACUAUGGCCUGGCAUCUGGAACAGGCCUUCAGAGAUGACUCCGCUGGCUGGGCCCUAGCCAAGUGUUUGCAGUGGGACACCUAUGAGAACAGCCUGCCCAACUUCCUGGAAGAGCUCAAGGACUGUCCCUGUACUCUGGCUCAGGCCCGUGCGGACACGGGGAGGUUUGAAGCCGAUUAUAGUUGUGACAUGGAUAAGGGCAGUGUGUGCAUCUAUCAUCCUGGAGGCUUUCACUGUGUGAGAUCCAUUCAAGCCAGUCCCACCUAUGGAUCAGGGCAGCAGUGUUGCUACGACAAGACGGGGGCCCAGAUCCUGAGCGGGGACUCGACUAGCGGCAGCAGCCCAGAUCGAGUGCACGAAAUGGGCUCCCUUCCCUACAGAGUUGCUACACGUGUCCCCGGGUUCUCUCACUGGCUCGCAGAUGUUCAAAGCAAUUUCUACUGUUGUCUCUGGUCUGAUCACUGUGACGUAUACUUUGCGCGCCGGUCCUCCAUGGACUGCCGGAGAUAUGAACCACCGAGAUCAGGUGUGGUUAUUGGGGACGGCAAUUUUGUGACAUUUGACAACCUGGAGUACACCUUUAACGGGAGGGGAGAGUAUGACCUGGUGACCUCCCCAGACAAAGAGCUCAGUGUUCAGGUCAGAACAGAGCAGGUGAAACUCAAGAGCGGGGCCUUGAGGGAGGCCACGCGGCUCUGCUCUGUGGCCAUGAGAGAGGGCUCCUCAGACGUGGUAGAGGUGCGUCUAGCCGGGGGCCAGAUGGGCAGCUUGCAGGUGCUACGGAACCAGAGGGCCAUGCCAUUCACCGAGCAGAGCAGGAUGGACCUUCACGGGGUGUUCGUGUCCUCGCCCUGUCCGGAGAACGUGACAGUGAUGUUCGCCUCGGGAGUGGGGCUGGAGGUUCGUGCCUACCAGGGUUUGAUGACUGUGACAGUGUUACUACCCACCGCUUACACCAACCACACCCAUGGACUGCUGGGCCAGAUGAACUCUGACCUCUCAGAUGACCUGCAAACCCGUCUGGGGCAGGUUCUCCCCUCAGCCAAUGCUACACCUGAGGGCAUCUUUAGCUUUGGAGCUAGCUGGGACAUUUUAAACGAGACCUCCCUUUUCACGUAUGACUCAAAGUAUCUGCUGGACACUCACACCCGCACGCCAGACAGCGGCUCCGGCCUCACCCCAGCCCUCGAUGUUCCUGAGGACGCGGGCGGGCCCCCGGCGGAAGACACGCUCAGGGUCUUCCAGAUCCACCAGGCCCUCCAACAAACUCUGCAGCCAGUGGUGGCUUGUGGGUGGCUGCCAUCACCGAGGAACGGCACCAAGCAUGGGAAACUCUACAUCCAGGGGGGAAACCUGAGUUUCUCCUGUGGCGAUGGCUCCACGUUGACGGGUUCCCCCCAGCGCUCCUGCCUCCCCGACGGCUCCUGGUCCGGAGAGCAGGCCUAUUGCACAUGAAGUCGGCCUUCUGAUUCCUGAGAUCAUUUGAGUGACGACGCAGGUGAAGCUGUGAUUCAUAGGCGGACCCUUUUCUGUUAUGUCCAUACUGCGUAGCAUUGUGUCCAUUUAAUAUUAAAGAACUCCUGACUUGAAA